GCCUAAGAGUUCGCUCAGCCCCUUUCCACGAGCCCGGGCUCGCCAGGGACUCUGAGACUCGCGGGAGGGUCACCUCUGCCGUAACUAAGCUGACCGCCUUCUUUUCACUCACGACGCCAUUGAAGCGAAACGUGGAGCACUCCUGGGCCUUUCGGGAACGCGGUGGGAAGAAGGCCGGACUAGGGUGGGUGGGGCCAGAUCAUGACCCGGAAGCAGAACUGACUCCCGCAGGCAGAGUGCUGGGAAGCGGCGGCGGCGACCGCAGCGGUAGAAGCAGGAAUUUAUCUGUGUGCAGCCCCAAACUGGGAAGAAGAUGCUUAUUAAAGUGAAGACGCUGACGGGAAAGGAGAUUGAGAUUGACAUUGAACCCACAGACAAGGUGGAGCGAAUCAAGGAGCGUGUGGAGGAGAAAGAAGGAAUCCCCCCACAACAGCAGCGGCUCAUCUACAGCGGUAAACAGAUGAAUGAUGAGAAGACAGCAGCUGAUUACAAGAUCCUAGGUGGUUCAGUCCUCCACCUGGUAUUGGCUCUGAGAGGAGGAGGUGGUCUUAGGCAAUGAUGGACCCUCCCUCCAUUUUACCUCCUUUACCCUGUCGGUCAGAAUGAGACAUCAUCUAUCCUCUCACAGCCUGGGACACCAGAGCCACUGACCCCUCUCCUGGAUGCCCAGUCUUGUGUGUCUACUGGUGGGAGACUGUGAGGACCCCAGGAUGCAUUGUUCCUGGCCCAAAAGGCCCUACCUGGCAAUUGGGUUUUAGUUUGCAGUCCUGUGUGCUUCCCUCUCAUGGCUAUGUCCCAUUGUCAAUAAAAUAUUUCUUGGCCUCCUGGAAAAAAAAAAAAAAAAAAAAAAAAG